CUGAGAGACGAAGAACAAACACAGCUUUCUGUUUUGCUGCUUAUGAUAAACCUCCAGAACCAUGGAUGCAACAACGUCAUCCAUCCAUGAAUCACAUGUCCACAACCAUGAAUCACAUGACCACAACCAUGAAUCACAUGUCCACAAUACCACAUGUCAUUUAUCUGUAGAAUCAUACCACUCUUUCCUAGUAGUGGUCUACAGUCUGCUGUUUCUGGUGGGCUUUAGCCUCAACAGCUUCACCUUGUGGUUUCACUGCCGUGGAGCUCAUGGACAAGUGUCCAAGAGCUGGAUGAUCUACCUGAAACAUCUGACAGCGGCUGACUUCCUGCUCUGCGUCAGCCUCCCGCUGCGCAUUAUUUACUACGACAACAGCUCAUUCAUCAUCCACCUGCUCUACUGCAGCAUCGGAGCCCCGCUCCUGUUUGUGAAUUGGGCUGCUAGCAUCCUGUUCAUGGCAUAUAUAGCAGCUAACAGAUACAUGAAGAUAUUUUAUUCCACGGGAACUCACUUCCUGAUGACUCCCAAAGCCAGCCACAUCAUCUCGAUAACCACCUGGGUUGUUCUACUGACCAUGAUAACACCUUACUCCAUCCUGAUGCUGAUAAACGAGAAACAUCACGAUGAUGAACACAGCAUGUGUGAUCAUCUGAUCAGUGAACCUGUGAAACCACUGCACAUACUGAGUCAUGGUUUUGCUUUCAUCAUCUUCCUUUCAGGACUCUUCUCUCUAGUCUUUUUCUACUACAGCACCUCCCGCAGGGUGCUGCAGGUCCAGCAGGCCCAACUGGCCUCCCCCAACUCCAAAAAGCUUAUGAAAUCUCGCAGGAACAUGUUGGUGUUGGUCAGUGUGUUCUGCUUUUGCUUUGUUCCUUAUCACAUUGUUCAACUUCCAUAUGUCCUACUUGAGGAAAACUGUUCGGUAGAGUUGUACUACGUCAAGGAGUUUGCCGUGUUACUAUCAGUUUCUAACAUCUGCCUGGAUCCUCUUAUUUACGUCUUUCUUUGUAAGGAGUUCAGGGCUCAGCUUAACCUGAAAAGAAUAUUCUGUCCAAAAUGCAAGAGAAACACCUCCAGUUUGGAGGCAAGUGACAGUGAGGAUCAGCCGAACACCAUCAACACCAUCAACACCAUCAAUAACAUCAACACCAUGUCAGAGCUCCAGGAGCAAUAAAACUGGCACUGG